AUGGCUUUGACCUGCUCUGAUAUUUGCAAGUUUAUCCUUGCUGUUAUUCUUCCACCUCUUGGUGUCUUUGCUGAGAAGGGAUGCGGUGUCGACCUUUUGAUUAACGUUGGUUUGACCAUCCUCGGUUGGAUCCCUGGUGUUAUUCACGCAUUCUACAUUAUUCUGAAAUAUUGA